GACUGCGGAAGGAUCUUGUCAUGUGACGUACCAUAAACGUCACUCCUCUGGGUUUGUAUAAAUACAGUAGCACACAGAUCCAGCGGCAGAGUUUUCUACGAAGAGGACGCGUACAGUCUUAGAAGAAAUAUCAGAGUCUACAAGCUUUUCUGAAAGAUGCAGAUCUUUGUCAAAACCCUCACUGGCAAGACCAUCACUCUUGAGGUUGAGCCAAGUGACACCAUUGAGAACGUCAAGGCAAAAAUCCAGGACAAAGAAGGCAUUCCCCCUGACCAGCAGAGGCUGAUCUUUGCUGGCAAACAGCUGGAAGAUGGUCGCACACUGUCUGACUACAACAUCCAGAAGGAGUCCACCUUGCAUCUGGUGCUGCGUCUCAGGGGAGGCAUGCAGAUCUUCGUCAAGACCUUGACAGGCAAGACCAUCACCCUUGAGGUUGAGCCAAGUGACACCAUUGAGAACGUCAAAGCAAAGAUCCAGGACAAAGAAGGCAUUCCCCCUGACCAGCAGAGGCUGAUCUUUGCUGGCAAACAGCUGGAAGAUGGUCGCACACUUUCUGACUACAACAUCCAGAAGGAGUCCACCUUGCAUCUGGUGCUGCGUCUCAGGGGAGGGAUGCAGAUCUUCGUCAAGACCUUGACAGGCAAGACCAUCACCCUUGAGGUUGAGCCAAGUGACACCAUUGAGAACGUCAAGGCAAAAAUCCAGGACAAAGAAGGCAUUCCCCCUGACCAGCAGAGGCUGAUCUUUGCUGGCAAACAGCUGGAAGAUGGUCGCACACUGUCUGACUACAACAUCCAGAAGGAGUCCACCUUGCAUCUGGUGCUGCGUCUCAGGGGAGGCAUGCAGAUCUUCGUCAAGACCUUGACAGGCAAGACCAUCACCCUUGAGGUUGAGCCAAGUGACACCAUUGAGAACGUCAAGGCAAAAAUCCAGGACAAAGAAGGAAUUCCCCCUGACCAGCAGAGGCUGAUCUUUGCUGGCAAACAGCUGGAAGAUGGUCGCACACUGUCUGACUACAACAUUCAGAAGGAGUCCACCUUGCAUCUGGUGCUGCGUCUCAGGGGAGGCAUGCAGAUCUUCGUCAAGACCUUGACAAGCAAUACCACAACACUUGAGGUUGAGCCAAGUGACACCAUUGAGAACGUCAAAGCAAAGAUCCAGGACAAAGAAGGCAUUCCCCCUGACCAGCAGAGGCUGAUCUUUGCUGUCAAACAGCUGGAAGAUGGUCGCACACUGUCUGACUACAACAUCCAGAAGGAGUCCACCUUGCAUCUGGUGCUGCGUCUCAGGGGAGGCAUGCAGAUCUUCGUCAAGACCUUGACAGGCAAGACCAUCACCCUUGAGGUUGAGCCAAGUGACACCAUUGAGAACGUCAAGGCAAAGAUCCAGGACAAAGAAGGCAUUCCCCCUGACCAGCAGAGGCUGAUCUUUGCUGGCAAACAGCUGGAAGAUGGUCGCACACUGUCUGACUACAACAUCCAGAAAGAGUCCACCUUGCAUCUGGUGCUGCGUCUCAGGGGAGGCAUGCAGAUCUUCGUCAAGACCUUGACAGGCAAGACCAUCACCCUUGAGGUUGAGCCAAGUGACACCAUUGAGAACGUCAAGGCAAAGAUCCAGGACAAAGAAGGCAUUCCCCCUGACCAGCAGAGGCUGAUCUUUGCUGGCAAACAGCUGGAAGAUGGUCGCACACUGUCUGACUACAACAUCCAGAAGGAGUCCACCUUGCAUCUGGUGCUGCGUCUCAGGGGAGGCAUGCAGAUCUUCGUCAAGACCUUGACAGGCAAGACCAUCACCCUUGAGGUUGAGCCAAGUGACACCAUUGAGAACGUCAAGGCAAAGAUCCAGGACAAAGAAGGCAUUCCCCCUGACCAGCAGAGGCUGAUCUUUGCUGGCAAACAGCUGGAAGAUGGUCGCACACUGUCUGACUACAACAUCCAGAAGGAGUCCACCUUGCAUCUGGUGCUGCGUCUCAGGGGAGGCAUGCAGAUCUUCGUCAAGACCUUGACAGGCAAGACCAUCACCCUUGAGGUUGAGCCAAGUGACACCAUUGAGAACGUCAAGGCAAAGAUCCAGGACAAAGAAGGCAUUCCCCCUGACCAGCAGAGGCUGAUCUUUGCUGGCAAACAGCUGGAAGAUGGUCGCACACUGUCUGACUACAACAUCCAGAAAGAAUCCACCUUGCAUCUGGUGCUGCGUCUCAGGGGAGGUUCAGAUAUUUAAACUGACAAUCUCAGAAAUGGACAUUUAAUUCUUUCAGUAUCCCCUGUUCAUUCACGCACCAGUUGUCCCCUUUUCUUUCUGUACUUUAUUACUCAAUCCAGUUACAUUUUAUUACUACAUUUGUUUUUUUCUUUUUUUUUUUUCCACUUUUUUUUUUUUUUUUUUAAAUGACUAAAUAAAAGCAUUGAAAUGUAUGAUUGUUUCCUUGUCUUUGUGGACUACUAGUACAAUAUCUGGUAAAAAAUGUAAAUGAGUGAAAUAGGACAUUGGUUUUAUUCUCAAAGAAAAGAAUACCAAGCAGAGGUUUAUGCUGUAGCAUGCAAAAGGGACCAUGCGAGUCAUAUUUAAUGUCAAAUUUUAAUUAAAUUAGAAGUGGCUUUAUCUCUAACCAUGUUAAAAAUUUCAUCACAUUUCACUGCUGGUUAUAUAUGCUCUAUAUAAUCGUGUAUGUGACGAAUAAAAAUCUUGAAACUAUCAAUUUUUGGAUCCUAACACUUAAAUCGAUAAUAGCGAAUUACUAGAUAUCUUGAUUUUAAAAUUAUUGUUUAAAAGCUACAUGGCAGCUGCCUAAUUUCUUACUUGUAUCUGGUGAGACCCUAGGGUGAAAAUCACUGUAAAUCUAUUUUGGUGGAGUCUGUGAUGGGCCGGUUAAACAGCUGCUGUUAUAAAAGUAAAAAUGGUAAGAUGGUGCCACUAAGUGUCUCUUCUUGUAACCUGGAUGAAAUUCCAAUAAAGCCUUGCAUAAGUCGUUAACAAAUUGUA